AACGCUAGUCCUAGUAAGGUUCUAACUUCUAAUGAGACAUCCAAGUCAAUUGCAGUUUCAGGGAUUCCCAUUACAACUUGGAAUUUGCAGAUUAACUAUAACAUCAAUAACCUUCAUUCUCGUCAUUGUGAGCUUAAUUAAAAGUUAUAAAUUUCAAAAAUGAUAAGAAGACGUCAAAGAAAUUUUUACAAAAAGUUGGUUCGCGCAUCAUCGACUUCGAAGUUAUCAAGUAUUUUUCACGCUAGCGCAUUUGAAAAUCUGGAUCAACUAAGAUUUAUCUUCAAUAGAGCAAUAAUGCAAAAGGACAUAAAAAUUAUUGAGUAUCUUGCAAAGACUAACAUAAAAGCUCUUGAUGCUGCAGACAAACUUGGUAGAACGGCUGUUCAGAUAGCGGCUGAACAAGAAUUUUCAGAAGCAGUCAAUGUGAUUUUUCAGUGUUGUUGCGACGAAGACUAUAAUGAAACGAAUGAGUUGAAGCAUUUUCACAUUGCUUGUCGUUUUGACAACAUCAGUGUGUUGAGAAAAUAUAUCAGUAAAGGUGUUAACAUAAAUGCUAAAAUUGAAUGCCCCUGGCAUCGAUCAUUGGACGGUUGCACAACUCUGCAUACAGCAAUUGAAUUUUCUGGAAUAGAAUUGGUUGAAUUGCUUUUGGAAAAUGGAUUGAAUCCAGACGUAAAAGAUUCUUUUGGACGCACGCCUUUGCAUCGUAUUUGUAUGUCUUUUGACAAUGAUGAGGAUUAUUAUAAAAGUUUGGAAAAGUUACGACUUCUUAUAAAAUACAAUUGUACUGUUAAUGCAAAAGAUGACUUUGGCUGUAGUCCGAUAUACAGUUUAUUAAGUGGUCCUCACAAGCAUAAGAAAGAAGUUCUAGAAGAACUUACUCAAAACAACGCUGACCUCAAAGAUUUGAACUCACAAAACCAAACAGCAUUGCACUUGACUUUUGAUGUUGAAAUAAUUGAAAUAAUCCUGAAAUAUGGAGUUGAUGUAAAUUCAAUAGAUAAGCUAGGGAUAUCCCCUCUUCAGAAUGCUGUGACAUGUAUGAAGCGGGAUGCAGUUAAUAUUUUGUUGAAACAUGGGGCCAAUGUACAUGAUAUUCAUUUCAAGGAAUUAAAUUUGACAUGUUCAGGCAACUACAAAAACUUUAUACCUCAAUUAGAAUCCACAAUUCAUCUCUUUCAUAUAAUCACACUUUUACAAGAAGCAGGGUUUAUUAUGAAUGGAUGUGAUAAACUUCAAGUUUUGUUUUGUUUGAAUGAGGGAUACCGCAUUGAGGAUUACUUCGACAAUAUUGAAAUGAAAAAUAUUCUAGAAUUUGGUAGUGAAAGCAUUGGAAUGGGCAUUCAAGUGGAAAAUUGGACGGAACAUUGUGAUUACUCUACACACUUCAAAAAAUUUUAA